AUGGAAAAACUAUUGCAGAGUUUGCUUAACAAUGAAAAAUGUGCUUCGAGCCUGUCCAAUUUCAAUUUUGAAGCAGAUUGUUUGAAAUUAUUGCUCUCCAAGCUUUUAGGUACAUUGGUAAUUCUCGGAUCUGUGUUGUAUAAGGUUCCACAAAUUAUUACCAUUUGUAAGAAGUCUUCCGUAGAGGGUUUAUCUGCAUUGAUGUUUAUUUUGGAAAUUUAUGGACAAGUGAUUACUUUGGGAUACAAUAUUCGUGGAGGCAAUCCAUUCAGUACCUAUGGAGAAUAUGUGUUUAUGAUUGUACAAAACGUCAUCAUUCUCUUGCUCUUUUUCAUUUAUUCCAAGAACAAUGAUUUUGUUUUCUCUCUCUCAAGUAUUGUAUUCCCGGUCUUCUUUUAUUUUACAGUUUUUGAUACCAUCUAUGUUACUGAACAAGUGAUGAAAACUCUGUUCGCUCUUACUGUUCCAAUUUUCAUUUUCUCUCGUGUACCACAAAUUAUCAAGAACUUUUCUCAAGGAGGUGUUGGUGCAUUGAGCUUUACAACUACUUUCAUGCAGGUUGCAGGAUCAGCUGCCCGUUUGUUCACUACUUUACAAGAAGUUGACGACAAACUUAUUUUGUUUACAACCAUUUUAGCUGUAGGAUUGAACGGUAUUCUAAUGCUGCAAAUUAUUUAUUAUGACAUGAUUGUUGGAAAGAAAAAGAGUGACACUGUAACAACCGCUCCAUCAGCAAGCUCUGAAGCCUCCACUCCAAAGAAGAGAAAGUCCGUAAAAACUGAGUGA